CAUCUGGAGAUCAUCUAUUGUUUGUGACCAGUCACUGCUUGUUUUGGAUAUUCAGCAUUUGAAAUGGCUUCCCAAGGGAUCUACUUCCUCUGCCCUCACUGCAAGAAGGCUCCACGCUCUCUUCCUGGGCACCUCAGGACGGCGUGCAUGCGCGACCGCGCAGAGGCAGAGAUACGGGCCACUGUGAUUGAAGCCAAGAAAGAGAUGUCUGAAUUUACCCACAGGGAACGUUUCUGGGAGUACCAGCGUAUUCAAGACAUUUUGGCAACUGCUGAUCCUCUUGCCAGGUUGUUAGAUGAGAUGCAAAAGAAGGGCUUAGUGGUAACAAACAAACCUCCAGUCCUCCCUAACCCCACACUGCCUGUGCCCUCUUUACCUUCACCUGCUCCUCAAAGCCCUGGAGAAGGUGCGAACGAGCCACAUGUUGUGACGAACGUGACCGUUCAGGAAUGGGAGGGGAAAACCCACAUACCGAACGGAGCUUCAGUUGCAGUGAAGGAGGAUAAAACAGAAGUACUGCUGACUGAUGACCAGGAACAUGGUUUUGGUCUGUACUCCAACAAGGUACGGCCGGCGACGCUUCAAGGAAAUGAUGCGAAAGCAGAGGACAAAUUUUUUGCGUCGAGUAGUGGGAGGCCAAUAUAUAACCCCUGCAAUGAUUCGAACAGACUCAAUGCCAAACACAACCUUCCCAGUGUGACCACGAGAAGCCGAGAGAAAAGGAUGAAUGAACAGACGGCGUUUGACUUGCUGGUUCAGUCUUACCCAGUGACUCUUGACGGGUCUCCUCCGAAAAGGGCACGCAGACACAAACACGAGAGGCACUGCUACAACCGCUGGCGCAGCGAGCAGCUCAAGCUGGGUGAACAGCGUGUCCUUGAACAUUUCGGUCGGCGUCAGCCGUCUGAGUCACGAGUGGAGGCCUGGAUUAAGAGACAAGGGUGGACGUCGAACAUCCCUCAGGCUUCCCCAAUACUCCAGCAGUGGAAGCCCUACGGGGGCCAACAUCCAUCCAAGGCUGUUCGUCCACAAUGACAGAGAUGUCAUUCUCUUCAUUGCGUCCAGGGACAUUCCAGUUAACGCAGAGCUCCUCUUUGAUUACGGCCUGAAGAGAAAGUCUUUUGCCGGUGAAGGAGUAAAUUUAAGCUUCACAUGUUAACGUAGGCUACACAAAGAAGUGUGAGCGGGCUAUUUUCCAAGCCACAUUACUUUUUGUGCCUACUUUUUUUUUGAGCCACAAAACACCACCUCUCUUGCUCUCUAAGUUGCCCUGAAUGACUCCCCUGUGGCUUUGUCUCUCUUUUUUUUUUUUUUUAAGUAGGCUACACAAAGAUGAAUGAGCGGGCCAUUUUCCAAGCCAUUCAUUUUUGCCUACUUUUUUCUUUUCAGCCACAAAAAAAAUAUACACCAAUAUACAUAUAUUGUUUUUUCUUUCAAUAUUCAUACUGGUACUGCAACAGGUAAUGACA